GGGAAUUUAAAAAAAAGUUCCAUUUUGAUAACACGAUAAUUUUGAUAGUAUUUUUAUUUAAUUGGAGCCGGGUAUAUUUACGUGUGAAAAAUUUGAUAUUUUAUGACGGUACAUCAGUGGAUUAUUUUAUUCAUACUAAUUAAAACUAUCAAUGAAAGAAUGAAGUUUCGUGGUAAAAUCGUUGAUCCUCAUUGUAUGAAACAGUUUUAUAGUAUUGUGAUUAUCUUGUCCAAGUUAUGUAAAAGUGUAGUUUUGAGGUUGAGUUCUAAUAAGUUGUACUUGAUUGCAUUAAAUGAGUCAAACAAUAAUCAAAUUAGUGUUUGGUCUGUGUUAGACCAACAUUCAUUUUUCAAAGAUUAUGAUAUGAUUGGUGAAACAGAAUCAAAUGAAAUUUUUUUCAGUUUACCUAUUGAUAUGUUUGCGUCUUCAUUAAGUUCUGCAAAACAAACAAACUUAAAAACAUUAAAAAUGAAAUUGACAGACAAACAUUCACCAUGUUUAACUAUUGAAUUAGAGUUGGAAUCUCAAGUGUCUAGUAAGCAGUUAUGUGUUCAUGAUAUUCCAGUUACCAUUAUACUACCAAAAGAUUGGCCAGAGUAUAACGAGCCAGCCAUACCUUCUCAUAAUAUUAGUGUUAUAAUGCCAUCUAUACGAGUAGUAAGACAUAUUGUUGACAAGAUGAAACGGAUUGGUCCAAGAUUAAAAGUAUCAUUGGAUUCAUCUGGAAAAAUGGUCUUAGGUGUAUCAAAUUUAUCUGCAACAGUUGAUACUCAUUUUGUAGGACUUGAAGUGAUUGGCAUACAGUCUGCAACAGGCAAAGAAAACAAAUAUUCUACAGUAGUUGAUAUAAAAAAAAUUUCACAAUUUUUAAAUUGUGAUACAUUAAAUUUUGCAAAAAUAUUAUGUCACGUAGUAGAAGGAUUAUUACUACAUUGUUCAAUAGAAGAAAAUGAGUACGUAUUACAUUAUUUUUUAAGCGAAAUUGAUGAUUAAAAUGUUAUAGUUAUUUUUUAUCAUUAGA